AUGCCCACUCCACCCGCCUCUGACCUCAAUUCUCGCAACGUCCAUCAACCAACCUCCACCUCGUCGACAACCAUCAUCGUCCAAACCACAACGCGCUCGACAAGACCAUCGCAGGCACGCGCGCAGACACACACAUUCAAAUACGCAACAACCCACGGUUCAAUGACGACGCCGGUCGAUGACGAUGCAACGACAGCCUCCAUCGACUCGACCCACCACGAUGAUAUCGACGUGUCAAAGGCACCGACGGUAAUAUGUUGGACUGAUGAUCAAGACCAAGCGCAGUCGUUGAGCCAUUCGCCCCUCACCCACGAUCAUGUCACCCUAGACAUCCAGUUCGACGCAAAAUCCCACACUGCCUUCUUCAAAAUCACAGCGAACCUUGCUCUCAAGGGCAAACGCACCAGGUCCAACAUCUUUCUCUUCAUUCACCCCGAGCGCAUCCAAUCUCUGGACUUGGUCGGGCAAGAUGACAAGUCUGUGUCUGCGUCCAAAAUUCUUGGCGCAAGCACAUACUCGCUGCAGUUUGUCCUAGUCGAGCCUCCCGCGCUCGUCGUCCCAAAAGAUGACUACGUCCCCAAGGGCGAGACGGCGCGCACGACACUGGAGGCUCUACAGGCACUUGCUCGAGUGACCCGCUUACGCGUGGAUCUGCCAUCAAACGCACUGGCCGAGCAGCGACUGCUUGCGCUUUGUGAGAAAGCCUCGUCCAGCGGGGCUCUGAAGACUAUGUCUGGUGUCGCAAACCUAGCAAAAUUGUAUGGCGGCAAGGGAGGCCAAGUCCUGGAAAGCAGACAGUCUGAGGCGGCUCCGACGCGGUCUUCGGGAGAGUCUUCUGCAAGCGCUGAGAAAACACCCUUGUCAGUGGCUCCUCAUCAACAUCCACGGGGAAAGGACGCUGCACCCAGCGAGGCGCCUGCUGAAUUCCCACCCUCUUACGAUGAUCUUGGCCACUCUCCACCAUCCUAUCCACCAAGUAGCAAGCGGCGUCGUCUCGACUCUGGCUCCCAUGCUACCAGUCAGGCUGGGCUUAAGAUCGAAGAAAUCUGUAGGCAGGGUUUCAGCGAAAUAGGACGACGGUUGGAUGACAUAGAAAAACAACUUGGCACGUUGGGCUCCCGUCUAGAUCGUGUCGAGCAACGCAUGUCUUCGAUGGAGAGUCCUUCGGGUAGACAAUCGCAGCAACGCUCAAGUGAGCAGAGCGACCAGGGUGAAGAAGAAUUGCAUCAACGAGUGGGAUGCAUAGAAGAGCGCGUUUCAGACCUCGAGAAAAAGCUGGACACGGGCUUGAGUGAGCUGGCGCAAAAUCUUGAUGAACAGCUCACUGAGGUGAGGUAUGAUUUUGACACCACCACAUUGAUCCGAAUAGAGGAUGAGAUGGGUGUCGCACAGACACAACUAGAAGAAUUUGUGCGGGAUGAGCUCCGCAAUGUUGCUGAAGAGAUAGAUGAUACAAUCAGGGAGAAGCUACGAGAUGCAUUAUCAUAGCAAGAAAUACAAUAUUAAUACUGUCACAAGCCG